GAUAAAACUCCUUCUGUGUUAGGAAACAAGUAUAGCAAAGAUGGUUCGUAAAGAACACCUCACAAUGGCUGCAGAUUAUAUCAACGUGCCUGAAACUUCCACCCGACGGUCAACAACUGCAGCAUCCGGGGCGAAUUACUACAAAGGCAUUGCUGUGGCAUUUGGACUCCUGUGCGUCCUACAAGUUGGUCUCAAUGUUUCCCUUCGUAUUGUAGGACACUAUUCUGGAAAGACUCCUGAUAUUAAAAAUGAGUGCGCAGACGUGAAGAUAAAGCUUGAUUCCUUAGAUGAGUAUUUCCAACAAGGCUGGCUGUAUAUCCGCCCCAGUGUCUACUACGUGUCACCAGUUAAGAAAUCCUGGUUUGACAGCAGAAACUUCUGUGUUGAAAGAGGUGCAGACCUGGUGGUCAUCAACAGCAAAGAAGAGCAGGAGUUCAUGAAUAAAUUUGUAAAGAUCACAUGGAUUGGACUGAGUCAACGGCAGGACAACGGGCAGUGGGUUUGGGUGGACGGGACUCCGCUGAACAUAAGCUUCUGGUCCCUUGGAGAGCCCAAUGAUGUUGAUGGAAAAGAAAACUGCACUGAAAUAAAUAACCGUCCUGUAGGAAAAAGCUGGAAUGAUGCUGAUUGUCAAAUUGAGAAAUUUUGGAUCUGUGAGAAGAGUAUAAAUUUCCUGUAACAAAUAUAUUCCUUUGCUUCUGGAGCAUCACUGUCUGUCCCACCUCAAUAGUCCACUGUUAUCUAGAGUGAAACUUGCUGUUUCAAUCAUGCUUCUGAACAACUCACAGAGGGAUUUGCGGAGCAUGAAUGGAUUUGUUUCAGCAUUUCAUUUUUCAUAAUAUUUGCGGCAAGAGAUGUUUUUUGCAGCAAUUAUUUUUGUCUUGUAAUAUAUUUUUGUACAAGCAUUUGUGAGAUGAUGUAACACAUAUCACACACACACCAAAGUGAAUGACAUUUUUGAAUGUACAUCACAAAGCAUGUAUGUAACAUCUGCUG